AUGGCUUCCAUUCAAGAAGCAACAAUCCCUUUGAGAUUUUGGAUUGAUGAAGAAAAAAACAGUGUAAUUGUGGCAGAAGCAAGUGGAGACUUCGUUGAUGUUCUCUUCAGUUUCCUCACCCUUCCACUGGGAACUAUCAUCAGGCUUGUGUCAAAAAACCAACCUCAGCAACCUUUAGAGAUUGCUUGCAUCAACAACCUAUACCAGAGUGUGGAAAAGUUCAACACUAAUGUCUUCUGGAACCGUAUCUGCCCGCAAAUGUUGCUUUCUCCGCGGAACCCUUCAGAAGCCUCUUGCCAGAGACUGAAACUGAAGGUGGAUGACACUGUGCCCACGAAGUAUUUCGUGUGUGAGUACUGUUUAAAGGGCAUUGAUUUGUUGCUGAGUACUUUUGAUGGGGCAAGUUGCUACUGUGGGAAAUUGAUGAGCAAAGAGAUGAAGGUGCAGGAAGAGUCCAAGAAAAAUGGUUCUUGGGAAAAUGGUGUUUUUGUUAGAGAAGAUGCCAUGUUCUUGAUCUUUGAUGAUUUGAGAGUGCUUCAGAGCUCUCCAGGUAACAGUGUUCAGCAACUCCAUCAACUUGGAUACAAAGAUUCAACAAGAUGA